AUGAUGUCUGGCCCAUAUAUCGACGGGCUUGGUACAAAGAAAAGGAGACGGUGCGAGAACGCCGUACUUGACAGCGACGAAUCAUCAAGUUUUUUUUCUUCACCCGAUGACGAAGAGAUCUUGGAGAAACACAGGCGAUAUAAGAAGCGACGUGUCACCCAAACCGAUGCGGAGGUUAUUCCAACGUUCCGACCUGAUGAAAAAUCUAGCAACGUCAAGGGAUGGUUGCAUAAGAUCGACCAAUUGGGCGACGUGUACGGAUGGAACAACAAAGAUCGACAGUUCAUCAUGCAGAUACGUCUUCGAGGGUCGGCUAGAGACUGGUAUGAAGAUCUGGAUGACUACGAUCUCACAUGGACGGAGUGGAAGGACGCUUUAAAGACCGCAUUCCCACGUUCUACUGACUUUGUGGAUUUACUUGAAUCUAUGCUCGCUAGAAAGAAAACGAAUACGGAAACUAUGACAAAAUAUUUCCACGACAAGGUUUCUUUAUUAAAAAAAUGCAAUAUUAAUGGCGAGUCUGCAAUUUCGUGCAUAAUUCGCGGUCUACCCAUGGAAAUAAGAGCCAACGCGAAAGCAUUCCAAUGCAGUACACCACAGCAACUAUACUACGGGUAUUUGUCGUCAUUGGAAACCUACAAACAAAUUGAAGCCAGCCAUCCGCGACCAACUACCACGUGGCGAAGAGGGGACGCCGUUGCUACAAUUACAAGAGGGAGUGACUUUCAACCGAAGAAAUGCUAUGCCUGCCGAAGAGAAGGUCAUGAAGCAAAGGACUGCAAGGUGCCACGCUGCGAGGUGUGCCAUCGCCCGGGUCACACGUCUGCUAGCUGCUGGUAUGCGGCCAGCUCUACACAUCAAAAAGUGAGUGAUGUUUAA